AUCCUCGAGUGCACCGGGCCUUUUCUUGAUCCUCCCCCCUCGUCCCCCGACCUGAGCCCUGGGAGGGAACGGGCAAGCAGGAGGGCUCAGGACCCAGCCAGAGGGCAGGGACAGGCUGGAGAGGGUGGGGUGGUGGUGAGGGAAUGAUACUCUGGCCAGCCCUCAGUUGGGUCUACUCCCACCGGCAGGAGGGUGGGGCAGGGAAGGAAGAGGGGCAGGAGAAGAGCAGCAGACUGGGGCAAGCCUGGGGACUGAGAGACGAGACACUAAGAAGAAAGGGAGGACACAAAGGCAGCCAAGCCUGAGAGAGAGCAAAGAGGAGAAGCCGGACGGAGCCGGAACCGGAACCGAGACUGUGGCGCGGAAGGAGAGAUCAAAGCGGCAGGAGCAGCCAAGGUGAAAAGAGAGAGCGCCCGGCCGCAGUCCCAGGGGGCGCGCCAGAAGCAGGGGAACUCGCAGCCGCGGGGAGGGAAGGACACGGGACCGUGGAACGAGUGAACGAAGGGAGAGGCGCGGGACCAGUGCCGGCCGGGUCCGCUCGCCCGCCCGCCCUGGGCUUCGCACUCACCGUCCGCCGGCCCGCAGGGGGCACGGCCCGGCGGAGCGGCCGGGAACCGGGCGCCACGCCAAUGCAGGAGGCAGAGGGAACUGACACUGACGACCUUGAGACUGUCCUCUUGCUGCCGUCCUAGGGGUAAAGGAUGAGCAACACCCAUUUUACAGCUGAGGCACCCAGGUUGAAGAAAUGGGCUGUGGAUUAGGACACAGAGAGCCAAGAGGCAGCUAGUCUUAGGUGACCUGAAAGAAUUAAUUACUGCCCUGGGGUCAAGUGCACCAGUUGCAAAACGGAAAGGCUGCCUUCUAACUGGCCCUGAGAUCUGGUGAAAGAGGAGCCAGGCUCUUGCACUGGCAGUCACAGAGUACUGAAAUGACAAACAGAAGUCUGGCAGUUCUACCCCUGGGCCGAUGGAUCACCUGAUUCAGACACUGGGACCCAAGCCCUGGGAUUGGCCUAAAUGAGGGCUGUGUUGACCCACUGGAUGGGCCUUGGCAUCCUGUCAAACUGCUGUGCAUCCAGACAUAAAAAUAACAGCCUGGAAAUAGUGCUGAGGCAGUCUGCCCAUCUCCAUAUGGAAGAUAAAGCCAUCAUGCAGAUGCUGACCAAGCAGUACCCCAGGAACUGCCUGCUGACAGCCAUGGACCGGUACUUGGCCGUGGUGCGCAACAUGGAGCAGGUGGUGAUGAUCCCCAGCCUCCUUCGGGACGUGCAGCUGAGUGUGCACGGGUGCCAGGCCCAGGCGGGGGCUCCUGAUUUGUACAGCUACUUCACCAUGCUCAAGGCCAUCCGUGUGGACGUGGAGCAUGGGCUGCUGCCCCGGGAGGAGUGGCAGGUCAAGGUGGCAGGUGGCAAAGCUGACCAGGCUGAGAGCGAAGCUGCAGAGACAGAGGAGGUCGAGGAGGAGAGGGUCUCGGGGCAGCUGGACCUGGAAGCCCAGUUCCACCUGCACUUCUCCAGCCUUCAUCACAUCCUCAUCCAUCUUACCCUGAAAGCUGAGGAGGUGACGAGGAAAUACCAGGAGAUAAUGGGAAAAGCCAUAUAGGCCUUGGAGUCUAGGAAAGCUUACUCCACACAACAGAAGGCAGAUUCUAUGACGAGGACAUGGAGCAGUUCACUAGCCUGAUGAUCAGACCAGAAAGCCCUGGACCUGCAGCUAGAAGUGAGGGCGACUUGGCUGUCUGGGAUGCUUCCCUACCUUCCUCUGAGAACCAAUUCAUGGACUCAUCACUGGGUCACCUUUAGGAUGCUUGUUGCUAUUCACAACUCUCUUUGCUCCUCUUACCAGCUUGGGUGGUAGCCAGUGGUUCAUGAGGGACCACAUGUCACCUGGCCAGUGUGCUACAGUAGAAAGAGAAGUUUUAGCAUCUGACUAAGCUAAGUUCACAUCCCUCCUCUUGGCAGUCAUUCACUAUCAUCUUAGGCAAAUUAUUUGACCCACUGUAGCCUAAAUUUCCUCAUCUAUAAAACGGGGAUAGUGUUACCUACCUCAUAAAGUUGUUAUGGAAAUUAAACAAGACAGUAAGUCAAAAGCAUCUGACAUAUGAGAGCUAUUAUUAUAAAAGUGGCUUUUUUCUCCCACCCUCACAUUUUAUUUUUUCUAGCCAUCCCUGACUUUUUACCCUCCAGAACUAAGAAGUAUCCUCCUAGACUCUGAGUGAGUGGUUCACACUUAGGCCUGCCAAGCACAGGGGAACUAUAAACUUAUUUAUUGCAGUAGCAAUAAAAAAUACUACCUUGUAUUUGUAUAUAUCUUUAUUAACUUCUAAAGUACUUUCUCAGACAUGAUUUCAUUUUUAACAAGUAGGACUCAAGAGAAGAGAGGUAGAACCACCUGAUUUUUCCCAG